AUGGACAAAGGUUGUACUGAUGAAGCUGUUUUGGUUGGGGGAGCUCCACACGAUUUAAGGGAAACUGGGUCGCAAGGGGAACCCGCAGAGGUGGGACACCCAAAGGAAGAGGAAGAAAAAGAAGCAGAGAAGAAAGAUGAGAAGAAAGACCGAGUAGACGAUGCUGCCAAGAGAAAGCACAUCGAGGGGGGAACAACCGGAAUGAGCAAAGCCGUUUCCACAUCGGAAGAACGGGACGCACUGAACCAAGCAACGAGGUCACCAAAUGCUGGCGAUGUAAGUCCUGAGAGUUCUAUUGAAGAACUCAAACUUGUGCACAGUGCAACGAAAGAUGUCGCGGAAGAUGGUAGUCAAUUGUCCAAUGGAGCUGCAACCAUGGCAGACAAGAAAGAAAAUAACUCCUCACGUGAUGCUUCUCGUACCCCCUCUCAAGGGAACGGUGCACAGAUAAUCAAAACCGCCACGGAGGAACACGAAUUGGAUGAUGAUACCACGAAUAGCAGUUCCAAGGAAAUUGACGAAGAUCGACAUAGUGUUAUUCUACAAAGGGAAGAAGAAAGCUUCCUUGCUGAAAAUUGGAUACAGACAGGAGGCUUUGAGCCAAAUGGUAAAAACGAAAUAGGCUUGCAAGACUUUAAUGAGCAUGGUAACCACAGUGAUGAUGCGAAUAAUAUAAACAAAGGCAAAAACCUAGAUUCAAAAGAAAAAUUCAGUGAUAACAGCACCACAGCGCUGUUUGACAAGAAAGGCAAAGAUGAUGCAAAGGAGAAAAAGAAAAAUGGUUCCAAGGAGGACCACGCCAUUUUUGCAGAUGAGGCCCUAAAGGGAUACCCGCGCAUUUUCGUAACCAGACUUCCCUUCGAGGCUGGCAAAAAGGACCUAGAAAAAUAUUUCUCCAAAUAUGGAAAAAUAGUAGACAUUUACGUAUCAAAGAAUCUGUCGAAUAACAAAAACAAAGGGUUUGGAUUUGUGUCGUUCGAGAAGCAGAGCUCCAUGGACAAGGUCCUGAAGGACAAGCUGCACAUCAUCUGCGGCAAGGAAAUCGUCGUGGACGUCGCUUCUAUGAGGGACAACAAAACCAAGCACCUUUUCCACCUCCCGUCGGACCACUACCUAGCCAAGUACUCGAAGAACGACAAAAAGUCCCCCAGCAAGACGCACAACAAUCUAGUCAAUUUCAACAAGUACCACCAUGUGUAUAAUAAAACGACGAACAUAAGGGACGUGUCCAAAAAUAUCGAUAACAAUUUAGUGAUGCAAAAUUUCUACAAUCUAUGUCCAACGUACAACAUACUAGGCAACCGAAUGAACAAUAAACACAUCUACAAAAAUAAUAUGCCCGUCUCCUUCUUCCCCCCCACGGGAUACAAUAUGGACCCGGCCUAUUUCAACAACCAGCAAGUCCCCUACCAGAACUGCCUGGAUUACAUGGGCAGUGAGUACUACUGGAAUAUGGCCAACUAUUACAACUGGAAUAAUAUGAUGUUCCAUAAUGAUAACAUGUACAACGCGAAGAAAAUGGAAUACCCCUACUACGUCUGUAACGGGCAGUACAUGAAUCAGAGCCCCCCCCCAAUUGCCAAAAACAAAGCGCAACGAAAAAAUAGCGCCAUCGAGGAGAGCAAGUUGAAGUACCCCCCCAAUGUCGUCCCAAGCGGGAGUUACCGUUCCCCCGGGCAGCCAUUUGUGCGAAAAUUACCCGGCGGAGACGAGUGGAACAAACGAGGAUACAAGCUGUUCGUCACGAAGUUGAAUAGCGUAACCACGAUCGAAACGCUCAGGAAUUACUUCGAAGCCUUCGGAGAGAUUAUUGACAUUUACAUGCCCAACGACGUGUGCACAAACAGACCUCGAGGCAUCGCCUUUGUUACCUUCCUAGACAAUGACUGCGUGAAGAAAAUUCUAUCUAACAAGAACUCAAAGCAUAUAAUUGAUGGAAAGGAGGUGGUCGUUGAUCUUGCGGACCCAGAAACGAAAACGAAGAAGAAUUUGUGUUACCCCUGA